GUGGAUAACUCGCGCAGAGAGACCCCUUGCUUGUGACCUGGGGUGUGUUUGCCGAAUGCCACCACCCGCCGGUGCAAGUUCACGUUAAAAAUUAAGAUUGAGUUGUCUUAAAAGUGGCUCCCAGAAGCCUCACAAACCCACCCACCCACGUGGGAACACAGCACUUGUGGAGGUGGAGACAGGACUGGAACCAGAAUCAGAGUUGAAAUACACCAGAAAAUCUGGGCUCUAAAUUCUUAUGUAAGUCGGAGAGUGACUGACCAACAGCUGGGGACUUUACCAUUCACUGUAAACUUUGGCACAGAUCACUUAUUUCUCUGAAGAGUGGAUCCAACAAGCACAAUGAAUACAAGAAUGUGCAGCAGUAGCAUGGUGAAUUCCAGACAAACCCAAGAAUUCUGUACAGCUGGGGAAGGAGGCCCUACUCCUGAGAUGGUCUUAGAAACAGAACUGAUAGAUCUCAGGGAAAGUGAUGAAAUAGUUGACCUCACCUGUGAAUCCCUAGAACCUGCAGUGAUUGACCUAACUUGCCACGACUCUGUUGUGAUUACUGAAGAAAGGAGGAGGCCAAGGGGAAACAAAAGGUCACUCCAAAGGCAAACUGGCAACUGUGUGGUGAGCAGUGAUAAGGAGGAGCUGAGGAGAAACAGAGAUGUGUAUGUGACCAACAGGACCUCCCAUAAUGCCCUGGAAGAAGAAGCUUUAAGUUGCACACUACCUGGUUAUAUCCGGUGUCAAAUUUGUAUGGACGGGUACUCGGAUAUUGAACUGAGUAGGCGACAUGUUUACUCUACAGAAUGUGGCCACAUCUUCUGUAGUUGCUGCCUCUCCACUUCCCUUAAAUAUAGUAAAAAUUGCCCAGUUUGUUUGAAAAAAAUCAGCUGUCAUCAGUACCACCGUAUUUACAUAUGAGGUAUACCGUAUCAUUCAGGACAGACAAAACUUGGGUGGAUUUUUCCAUGUCCUCAUGCAGAAACUGCAGGUUGUUGACAUCCUAUACACUGGACCUAAAAAGGCUGCUUUAAAAAUUGUUUUCUGGGAUGCCUGGGUGGCUCAGUUAAGCGUCUGGCUCUUGGUUUUGGUUCAGGUCAUGAUCUCACAGUUUGUGAGUUCAAGCCCUGCAUUGGGCUCUGUGCUGACAGUGCACAGCCUGCUUGGAAUUCUCUCUCUCUCUGCCUCUCUCAAAAUAAAUAAAUAAAAAUGUAAAAAAUUAUUUUCUGGAGUAUAUAAAAAACUUUUUAAUUUCUCACACACUAUGUAUGAGACUACUUUUUGAUUCCUUCCGUUUCAUGCUUUAAGGCUGGACUUUGGUUGUCAUAAUAUGCCAGAAGACUAGUGGUUGUCCUCAAAGCAAUUUUUCUUUUUUUUCUCAUAGUAAUCACUUUUUAAUUGACCACAUAUGGGCAUUUUGGAUCAUGUAAACAAGGGCAACAUCCUAGAGAUGGUGGAGCAAGUAGAUGGAAAGAGACUGGGAGACUGACAACUUUGCAGGUCAGAGCCACCAUACAAAUUUGGACUUGUACUUGAGAGACAAAUAAACCUUAUUCUUAUUUAAGCAACCAUAUACUAGGUCUUAUUUAGAGCAAUGGAAACUUUAAUUAAUGGACCAGGUAGGGUGCUGUCUCUGGGUUUCUCUGGAUUUCCUGAUUCCAUUGGAGUGGAAGGAAGUCAGUCCUUUCUGACCACUUCUCCACCCAGCAGGGCAGAGGUGGGCACAUGGGCAGGCACCAUGUCCUCUGAGACUCCUGCUGGCCUUUGAGGCCAGUUGGAGGAGUUGCCUAGGCACAUGGGAAUCUAGAGUUGUGGUUCUGUGCUUUCUGACCUGCCAGAACACAGAGGAGAUGCCGUCACCCUGGCUUUACAGGUGUGGCUGUGUCCACCACACUGGUCAGCUAAUCAACAAGUUGGCACGCUUCUCUGUUAACAAACACAUCACUGCACCACCAUCCCAGCUGCUCCAGGGCCACUGCCCACCCUCUACCUCCCAGCCAAACACAGACUAGUUCUUUUUUCUUUUGCAGAGGAUCAUAUAGCACUCACAGUUCAGACUGCACUUUAGAACUGGAGAGAAUGAGAUUUCUACAGUGCUCCCUCCUUUUUCCUCAGAAUGAAAUGGGCAGUAAAGUUUGUUCCUUACUUACUAUGGCUGUAGCAGUGCUGCUCUCCUCCACGGAGGCUCGGUCGUGCUGAUGGAACAGUGCCCGUGCCUGUGUCAUGUCUGUCUACACAGUGCAUUCUCUGAAAUGUUCCACACCCCAGGCUUCAGUUGCUUGACGUGGCACAGGAUAUGCAAGAUAAAUGUGGUAUAUUCCCUUCUGUGUGUUCCUUUGUAUGUUCUAAAGUGAAAAGAGGAAGAAAAAGAACAGGAAAAUGAAAAAAAAUUGAAAAAAGUUCUACAUAUUAUCUUCCUACAUUUCAAUAGAUCAUUUUAUGUACCCCACUUUGGAAACUAUUAAUUGCUCUGUGACCUAGCACACAGUGUAUCAGAAAACUGGCUAAUGACUGAAACAUCUGAGGUGCCUAUUAAAUGCAGAUUCUGCUUUUAUACAUCUUGUCCAUGUGAUCAGGAUAAAGAGCAGAGUCUCUCCAGCUUGUCAGCAGCCCUCAACCCUCCCUAUCGUAUCCUGCCUAGCCCACUACACAUUUCCUUUACCUGCCAAGCUUAUGUAGACAUUUGAGUUUUUGGCUCUGUUUUCAGAGGAAAAAAUAGAGGAGAUUCUGAAUUUUUCAAAAAAAAAAAUCAAGAUAAAUUUUAUAGAUAACAAAAUGCAUUGAUCUUAAGUGCAUAAUUAGAUGAGUUUGGGCAAAUAUAUACAUUCAUAAUGACCAACAUCCCAAUUAAAAUACAGAACAAUUCUGUCAUUC